CAACAAGGAGUCAAGGAGCCUUUUUUACGUUUUUCGUUUUGGGGGGUGUGUUAUCUCGGUGUUGUCCGGUUGGUGUGUAUGGCGUGUGACUGCGUGUAGUUGUCAUUUUUGUUAGCUAAGAGCAGUCGACAUUUUACACUGAAGCGGUCAAUAUCGCACAGCAGUUUGGUCUUCUUCGUUCCGCCGAAGAAACGAAUUUUGUUGAAACUCGUUACGUCAUUUAACGUGGCUUCCGAUUACUUAAAAUUCCACAGAAUAUCUUGUUUCCUUUCAUUUGAAAACUAGUAUCUCUCUCGACAAAGGUUUUAGUCGUUUUUUUCUUUCGCAUUCGGAGUCGUUUGUCUAGGAACGAAUCGCUUGGUCGGUUUGAAAUGCUUUUAAGCCGAGGAGAGGCUCAUCUUUUAGGUACAUCUGAGGUUGGCUUAUCCCUUGCAACUCCUGCUUCUCGAUCUGAGGCUUCCGUCAAUUCAUCUUUCCAGAGCGAUGCCAACAGUUUGACCGAGGAUGGCAAUGGUGUGGAAUGCCACAGCCCUCCUCUGUGUUUGACUGAAUCUAAAGUGACCUUCCUCUCUCUGGGUGCGUUUUCCCCCAGCAAUAUUGGGCACAGCAAACUAGCUUGCACCCCGCUCAGCUUUGGCCUCCAGCCUGCCAGAACAUUUUGUGAGAAUUCUUGUCCUUCAGUCGCAAUCAACGGAGAAUCUCCAAUGUCUAAAUUCAUGAAUCUCGCCAGAAAGUUCAACUGCUUUUAUUUCAACGGUGAUCUUCAGAGAUGCAGACCUUUUCUAGUCUGCGGCAAGCAAGUGGGUGUGAUGCAGGCCAGGGUGGUAGAAGCUGCUUGCAGGUAUCCCGACGUCUUCCACAUGGAUUCCUCGGGAAUGGUGUCAAUGCAUCCCUCGUUAAAGACAUACGAAGAGCGAAGUGCCAGAAUUAACCACGUUCUAACCCAGUGGAAAGAAGAACGUCUCUUCGUUACACUAAAGGGUUGGCGAAACGAGUGCUACGAAGUCAGAACUGGAUUUGCCGAUCCUCCCCUUCUCAAAAUGGAUCGCUCUGCGGCAUGCCUUUUCGGUGUCCGUCAGUACGGCGUAGAGAUAAACGGAUACACACGUCAUCCUCAACUAGGCAUGUCCCUUUGGCUUCAACGACGAGCUCUUACGAAGCCCACCUGGCCGGGAAAGUGGGAUAACAUGGUAGCAGGCGGUUUAUCGGUUGGUCAUUCUGUCCUGGAUACAGCGUUAAAAGAGGCGGAGGAAGAAGCAUCAAUUCCUGCCCAUUUGCUGGCUAACCUCAGAUCAGCAGGAUCUGUUUCGUUCUACUUUGAAAGCGAACGGGGUCUCUUUCCCAAUACGGAAUUUGUCUACGAUUUAGAGUUGCCAGCCGACUUUGUUCCGCACAACUCUGACGGUGAAGUGGACAUCUUCGAGCUGGUGCCCGUCAAUCAGGUGAUGGAACGAAUCUUUACACCCGACUACAAGACGACCAGUUGCCCGACGACGUUAGACUUCCUCAUCCGGCACGGUUUCAUCAAUUCGGACAACGAGCCGCGUCUACCCGAGUUGGUGGAGCUGUUGCACAUUCCCCUCCACUACCUCUACAGCCAGUCUAGCAGCCAGUCGCCCAUCUCCCCUAAUUAGGAGUACCAAUCAGCGAGCUCUAAGCUUAACGAUCACUGGUUAAUCGAUCACCAAUAAUGUCAUCUCCUCCUUCCCC